AUGAUUUUCUACAUCCUUGUGAUUGAAAUAUCUCUGAAGAUUCAUGGAUUAUUCCAUUUAUACCAUACCAAUCCACCGGACAAAAAAGAUUGUUUAUAUUCAUUUGCAAGUGACAAUGACGUGCAUGAAUGGCAACUAGUAUCAUACUGUAUUCGAGACGAUAUGAUAAAUUCCGAGAACAAUAAUAAUAUUAACAAUCAUUGUCAUGGUGAUCGAAAUUACACAUUUGAAAAAUUAAAACUAACAAAUGUCGAUAGUUAUGAUUUGUACCGAUGGAAUGCACCGAUUGAAACAAUUGAUAAGUAUGAAAAAUAUUUAAUUGGCGUUGAUUUCUCGUUUGGUAAUUAUUCUUAUUGUAAUUGCUCAGAGAAUUGGUUUGGUGAUCAAUGUCAAUAUUCAUUUGAUACAAAAGCCCCUUUUGAGGAUACAGUUGGAUAUCAAUUUGAAGACAAAGAAUCAUUAGCAGAGCAGUAUGAUAUUGUCAAUGAUGAAUUUUUAUUAACAUGUUACGAAGGACUUCGAUGCCAUUCGACAAUUUGUCUUGAUUGGAGAGAAAUCUGUGAUGGAAUUCAUAAUUGUGAAUAUGGUGAAGAUGAACCUGAUGAAUGUUUUCUACUUGAACUGAAUCAAUGUGCAACGGAUGAAUAUCGUUGCCGUAAUGGAAUGUGCAUUCCGCGGAAUUUUCUUCUGGAUUUCAGUUCUGAUUGUUCUGAUUUGAGUGAUGAGUAUGAAGAAUAUAUCCAAACGAAAGACAAUUCGUUCUGUUCAUUCACAGCAAGUUUUCCCUGUGAUUUUCGCUUGUGUGAUAUAAAACGGAUUUCAUGUGGAGAUGGACAAUGCCAAGAGAUCGGUCAGGGUUGUAAUAAUGGUCGCGAUUUAUUUUUUCGUCGUAAUAUCUUAGCGAUACCGUCUAACACUAGUUUUCAAUGUUGGUUUCUGAUGUUAUGUAUGACAGGUAAAAUCAAUACAAUUCUAAUGGGUUACAAUUAUCAGGAUUGUUUAUUUUCGUAUGAUUCAACGGAGGAGUUUACAUUUUUUGAUUCUUUUCGAAAGAUUUGUCCCAGUUCAUUUUGGUUCCAAUCAGAAGCGAAUUCUGUCUAUCCCUUCGUUCGAUAUUUCUAUUCAAAUAUGACGAAUCAAAAUGGGAAAUGGUGGGUACCAACGCAUAUUUGCUAUAAUCAAAGUCAAUGUCCCAGACUUUCAUUUCCUGGUUCAUUCGUAAUCAAUAAUUUCUUAUGCAUUGAACAAGAAUUCACUGAAAAUUUGUAUUAUGACAUAUCGGAAGAAAUACGGUUAACGUUUUCAUCAUGUCGACCAAUACCAGAAUCGGUAUUAAAUGACGCAACUAUUCCCUAUCUAUUUUACUGCAAUCAAUCGAUGAAAUAUAUUUCGAAACAUCGAGUAGCAGAUGGACAUUCUGAUUGUACUGAUGACGAUGACGACUGGGAUAAUAUCGAUUCGACAAUAAUCGAUAGUUUGAAUUUAACCGAUCGCGUUCAAUGCCCGCCACAGAGUGAUUGGCUACCAGUUGUAUUGGCUAAGAGUCAACACUGUAAUGAGAAAACUUAUGAAUUGUACCUUGGUGAAUGUCGAAUAGCUACUGAUAUAAGGUGUAAAUAUUUACGAGGGUUAUACAUUUCACCAAUACAGUAUACUUUUCGAGAAAAUUGCAAUUAUCGUCAAGUAUUGGAUGAUUCAGUUGCCAAUGAAACAGAUGAGACAAGUUGUGAAGAAUGGCGUUCAUAUCGUUGCGAUAUGUUUUGGGAUACAAAGACUGGUGAAGAUGAAUUAAAUUGUUCAAAUACGAUCUUCUCUUAUAUAACACACCAAGUUUUCAAAUGUGGUGCAAAUCAACAUUAUUGCGCGCAUCGGAAUAGCACAAUUAGUUGUUUAUCAAAAGAUCGGGCAGGUGAUGGCAUUAUUGAUUGCUUAGGAGGGACUGACGAAGUAGCAAUGUAUCCUGGGGACAGGUUUCCUGAUUUUCUAUGUUCUAACAGUCUGUCUAUAUUACCGCUCUUACUUUGUGAUAAAGUCAAUGAUUGUUCGGAAGGCGACGAUGAAUUAAUCUGUCCAUGGAUAUCAAAUUACACGAAUACGCGUCUUAGAUAUUUUGUAUGCAAAAAUCAAAUCGGGAUUGCACAAGCUAGAGUUUGUAAUGAUGUCAUUGAUUGUCAACCAGAUGGCGAAGAUGAAUGGUUUUGUACUUUGAGGUAUAAUAGAGAAUUACAUUUUUCUCUUGACCGACUUGAAGAAUAUCCGCGUCAAACUUCAACAAGAUCAUUCUUUCAAGACACUCGCAAACCUGUAAUGAUGGAUUUUCAUUCGUUCAAACCUCAACAACAUAAACACAGGCAAUCAAGUUUACUUAGCAAAUGGUUUUGUAACCGUGGUAUUAUCAUAAAAAAACGAUCAUCUGAUCUCGGAUGCCUUUGCCCACCUACCUAUUACGGUUCACGCUGUCAAUAUCAUUCCGAACGUUUGCUAAUUACAUUAAGAAUGACUCGACCAGCUAAUCUGAAUGGGCACGAAAACAAAGAAAAUGCUGUUCGACUAAUUGCCUGUUUAGUAUUUAACGAUACAAUAACUGCAGAUUGUGAAGAGAUCAUUCAUGUACCCAUGAUGAAGCAAAUGUUUUAUUUGAAUUAUCCACGUCCACCGCCCAAACAGCGUGGCAAUUGGACUGUUCAUCUUCGUGCUUAUUCUAUGACAAGAUUUACUGUUGAGUAUGUAUCAUCAUGGUUAUUUGAUGUACCGUUUAGUUUCCUUCCGGUUAAUCGAUUGGUUUUGGAUUUAUUCUUAACAGAACAAAAAAAUUGUAAUACACUUUCUUGCAAUCAUGGUUAUUGUCGAAAAUAUCUCAAUUCGCCUUCGAAAGAAUACUGUCAAUGUCAACCAAACUGGUUCGGCAAAUCUUGUAAUAUCAGUUCUGAUUGCCCAUGUGCAAACGGAGGAAUUUGUGUGUAUAAAUCUACAUGUGCAUGUUCUCUUGGAAGAAUAGGCGAUGAAUGUUAUGGAUUAUUCAAUCCGUGUCAUAAUGUGAAAUGUGAGAACGGUGGUACGUGUUUACCAACGGAUGAGCGAUUACCACAAAAGUAUAUUUGUUCAUGUCGUGAUGGUUAUCAUGGAUCUUCGUGUGAAGUGAAUGAUGGGCAAGUUGAUAUUUACUUUUCCAAAACUUUUCACUUAAAUAAAUAUUCAUCGAAACCGACAAUAAUUGUCUAUUUUCUCGAAUUAAAUAAUAAUUCAUUUGGCUUUUUAUCGAUUGCAAAUCGACUUUUAUAUAAGCAAAUACAAUUAAACAAUUUACUUCGUGUUUAUAAUACAAAUCAUCGAUAUUUAUCAUCAUUCAUCCUUCUCGAAAUCAUUUUCAAACCAAAUCAUCGUGGUUUUUACAUAGCAGGUAUUCUUAAACAGACAAUGACAAAUGUAACAACAAGUAUCGACAAUUCCAAUCAUUGUCCACAUAUCAAUGAUAUUAUUUUCAACAAAACAAUACGUAAUAUGCCAUUGGCUAAGCGCAUCAAGUACUACGGAUAUCUCUGUCAGCGAAAUCAUCACAUGAUUUGUUUUAUGGAUGAAGUUCACCUAUGUUUCUGUGAUAAAUAUCGCGAUCCGGAUUGUCUUGUAUUUCAGCGUGAGACAACUGAAUGCAAAACAAAUUAUUGUCAGAACAAUGGGCAAUGCGUACAAAAUGAAUUUAACGGCAUUUGGGAUUUUAGCUGUGCGUGUAACGAAUGUAUUUACGGAUCAUUGUGUCAUUUAACAGCAUCGCAAUAUAUAUUUUCAUUCGAUAUGAUCAUUGGUCAAGAUAUUCUAGCAAACCAAUUGUUAACAAGUCAACCAUUGAUAAUUCAAAUUGUGUUAUCGAUUCUUAUUUUAAUGUUUAUCAUUGGAAUUCUAUCAAAUGGUGUAUCUUUUAUUGUGUUCAAGCAAAAACAAAUACAGAAGACUGGGUGCGGCAUUUAUUUGUUGUAUCUACCUAUCAUUGGUCAGUUGGGGUUAUUAUUUUUAAUUGGCCGCUUUUCCUAUCUUUUAAAAACACAAAUAUCGUAUGUUAACAAUCGAUCAAUUGCUCAAUGGAGUUGUGUCAUACUCGAAUACUUUAUAAACAUCUGUCCAAUGCUUUUUUAUUGGCUUAUCACCUGUGUGGCAAUAGAAAGAUGUAUUAAUGUUAUCAAAGGUGUUUCAUUCAAUAAAUCUAAGAGUGUUUGGUGGGCGAAACGAAUUGUUUUAAUUCUUACGAUCAUUAUUUUAAUCAGUUCGUCGUAUGAGCCUUUUCUUCGACAAAUAAUCGAUGAUCCUCGACUAAUAAAUCGUCAUACAUGGUGUGUGAUUGUAUUUCCUUCGCGUUGGAUCGAGUAUUAUCGAUUAACAGUGAAUCUUAUCAACCUCAUUAUUCCAGGUAUGAUCAACUUUAUUGUGACACUAUUUCUUCUGCAUCGCACAACAAAGAUGAAACAAGUUGUAGCUAGAAGUCAACAUGAAAAGGGAUAUUGGGCAUGUUUAAAGCGACAACUUCCUUUGUAUGGAAGUCCGAUAUUGCUGAUUAUAUUUAGUCUCAUGCGUUUGAUCUUUUCUUUUACAUUGGUUUGUGUAACUGAUCAAUGGCAAAAAUAUGUCUUUUUAACAGCUUAUCUGAUUUCAUUUUGCCCAUUAAUGAUGACAUUUCCAAUUUUUGUCUUACCUGCGGAAAUCUACAAGGCAGAAUUCCGAAGUUUGGUGCAACAAACGAAAAAACUAUUCAAAUUCAGACAAAACUAA